GGUUACGGAGUGUAACGGGUAGGGUUGGGAUUCAGUCGUCGCGUAUAUUUCUGUUAAGUACGUGUCAGGACAACGGACGCGGCGUAAGUACCGCCGAGUUGAAUGAUUCGAUAGUGAGUAGGAUCCAACGUAUAACAUUCAGUGGGUGUUAAAAACAUACGGGUGAAAAAUCAAGUAAAAAUAUAGCGGGUAGUGAGAAGAGAUAAAUCGGUGUGCUAAGAAGUGGUCGAUCCUUAUCAAAAAUGUCGAAAGCCAGCAAGAAAACCAUCGUAACAUCGUCGAGCGUCAGCUCCGUCCAGUCGCCGACGCCGAGUACAUCGACGCCCGUUGGCCGCCGCCCAGGAAGCCCGCUGAGCCCGACACGUUACUCGCGUCUCCAGGAGAAGCAGGAUCUCCAAAAUUUAAACGACCGUCUAGCAUGUUACAUAGAAAAGGUCCGUCACCUGGAGGCCGAAAACUCGCGGCUUACGCGAGAGGUGCAAACCAGUCAGGAGACCGUGACGCGGGAGGUGACUAACAUCAAAUCCAUGUACGAACACGAACUCUCCGACGCUAGGAAAUUGCUGGACGACACAUCGAGGGAGAGGGCGAAACUUGAGAUCGACACGAAGCGUCUCUGGGACGAUAACGAAGAAUUGAAAAAUAAACUCGAAAAGAAAACUAAGGAUCUAGCAAUAGUUGAGAACAACUUGAUGAUCUACGAAUCGCGUUGCGGGGAUUUGCAAACAAAGUUUAACCAAUCUGCAGCUGAGCGGAAAAAACUCGCAGAACGGGAACGGGAACUCGAGAAGGAGGUUGAACGACUUCAGGCGCUACUCGACGACGCGCGGAAACACCUCGAGGAAGAGACCCUUCAGCGAAUCGACCUGGAGAACAACAUACAGAGCUUGAAGGAGGACAUAAGUUUCAAAGAUCAAGUCUACCAGCAGGAAUUGACCGAAACACGAACGCGACGCCAGUCUUCAUUGCAGGUAGAGAUUUCCGAGAUCGACGGGCGCCUGGCCGAGCAGUAUGAGGCUAAGCUGCAACAAUCGUUGCAAGAAUUGCGGGAACAGUAUGAAUCGCAGAUGCGUGCCAAUCGGGAGGAGAUCGAAAUGCUCUAUGAGAACAAAAUUAAGAACCUGACCUCCCACGCCCAACGAAACAGCGGUGCGGCAAGUCUUGCCGUAGAGGAGCUUCGUCAGACCAGGUCCCGUAUCGACGGGCUAAAUCAACGCAUUAACGAGCUCGAGGCCACAAACAACGCGCUCAAUUCUCGCAUCAGAGAUCUGGAGAAUUUGCGCGAGAGUGAGCGUGCUCGACAUGCGGAAGGUUUGGCUAGUCUGGAGGCUGAGCUGGCGAGAAUGCGUGAUGAGAUGGCACAGCAGCUGCAGGAGUAUCAAGAUCUGAUGGACAUAAAGGUGGCGCUAGACCUGGAGAUAGCUGCCUACCGAAAACUGCUAGAAUCAGAAGAGGCGAGGUUGAACAUCACACCCAUGCAAUCGCCUGCUUCAUUAUCCAGCGGAAGAGGAACCCCAUCGCGCAACACUCCACUUAGAGGUGGUAAAAGAAAGCGUACUUUGUUGGAAGAGAGUGAAGAGCGCAGUAGUAGCGACUAUAGCGUAUCUGGAACUGCCAGAGGCGAUAUUGAGAUUACCGAAGCUGAUCCACAAGGACGUUAUGUCAAACUUACCAACAAGGGCAACAAGGAGAUAGUUUUGAGUGGGUGGCAGUUGAUCCGUAAAGCCGGAGCACUAGAGACGAAUUUCAAGUUCCAUCGCAGCGCUAAGGUCGAUGCGGGAGCAACUGUGACUGUUUGGUCAGCGGAUAUCGGAGCAUCUCACGAACCUCCGACGAACCUUGUUAUGAAGGGACAAAAGUGGUUUACGGCAGACAACAUGACCACAACCCUACUGAACAGCGAAGGAGAGGAAUUGGCAACGUCCGAGCGGAAGCGACAACAGCUGUCCAGUACCUUGUCGCGACACAGGGAAAAUAUUGGGUUUCGAACUUCGGAGGAUCUUCACCACCAACAGAGAAGAUAUCUCUACCCGUAUUAAUGAUCGUGAGGGCGCACAGAUCAGGCAGGCGGCCUAUGGUGACCCCCAGGGUGAAGAACGCUGCCGCAUAAUGUGAGA